UGGCAAUUGCCGGCGAACUCGGAGGGGUCCGUGGCAAAACUUGGCACAUCUAGUAGUAGGUAGAGGCCGACUCAGACAAUCUGUGACAGAUUUUCUUCACAGAUUCGCCAUCAAUCUGCCGCUCAGAUCAGUAAUACUAAGUCUAUCUCUAUGUUUUUACCGUGUGUUGAACUGUAUCGUUUGUACCAUCCCGUCGUCCAUACUCCCUGCACUUCGGAGAUCUUAAAAUGUCUGACGAAAAGCAUCCUGGUGGCCGCCUACGAGCUAGAAUCAUCACCGAUAACUUCACGGAACUCGAGCGAGUCAAUAACAAGUCUCGCUGAAAAUUCUGGAAGUGCAACUAUUGCACUCCAACCAGUGGCAGUGGUCAACGCAUCGAAGGCCGAGAUAACCGCUGUCUCUUACAUCUCACAAACCCAAAAGAGUGCCCAGAUGCUCCAUCAUCCAUUCGCAAUGAAGCUCGCAAGGUCUUAAUGCAGAAAGGUGCUGCAAUUGGCCAGACAGAAGCACCACUUUUCCAUGACACACCAGCUUCGGAUGUUGCUGAAACAAACGGUAACGGUAAUUCUCAAUCUGAUGUUGGGACAAGCACUGUCAUCAAAAAACGGAAGGCUGGCGCGGGUACACUCGAUAAUUACGUUGAUCACACAUUGACUCCUGUGCAGCGGGAAACUGCAAAUAUCAAGCUGGCGACAGAUCUCAAUGCAAAUUUCACAUGGACACCUCCACUGGUAAGCCGAAGCCAGGUUGACGACGAGCUGGAGGGGCCGGAAAGCUUAACGGAGGAUGAGGUUGCAGCUGCCUUUGACGAGAUUGAGCAACGCAUUGCGGAAUUCCCAUCAGCUAUUGAUCCCCAGCUGGAAGGGUACGAGAUCUUGGCGGGAAAGGUGUACGACAUCGCCGAGCUGGAACAGGUUGACAAAGGAAUUGUCCCCGCAGCUUUCGAAGAUGAUGUUCAGCAGGUGGGAUCUGACUCGGAGGAUGGUUUGUCUUGGGAUGUGCAGUCUCUGUUGACUAUGAAGGGUGUCUCGUCAAUGUAAUAAUCAGUAGUAUUAUGCAACGUUGAUGCAACGUGU